AUGAAUAAUAUCAGCGAGAACGUAACAGUUGAAAAUUUAUUUGGAAAGAUAAUAGGCGUAAAAUGCGAUAAUUGUAUCUUAAUAAAUUACAUAUUUAUAUCAGUUUUUGCUACCUUGGUUGCAUUUAAUUUGGUCCUCUUUACUCUUUAUGUGUACGUUUUUAAAACAAAUCGCGAACGAGAUAAAGAGAUUGUCAUCUUCCCGUUUGUAAACCACUUCUACAACGUCAUAAAAAUAUAUCAAUUACUAAUAUCUAGUAUAAUUGCCGGAUUCGUUUUCUAUGACAUAUUUGGAAAUUCGAUCGAAAAUGCGAUUUAUGGAUUAACAAUUGUUAUGUGGUUUUGCUCUGUAACUGUUCUUGUCGGAUUGACCGAAGCAUUCAAUAUUUUGCUAUUUCUGUUGGCAGUUUCCAGAUUUACAAUUUAUUUUUGGCCGACCACUGAAAAAGUAGUCAAGAUUUUACAAACCAAUGGACACAAGAGAGUUCACUAUUUGUACCUAGCAUUUGUCAUCAAAACGUUCUUUUUCUUUCUUGCAAUCAUUUAUAUUGGUGCGCGCAAAAAAAAGCUCUGGUAUUUGGAACCUGCAGUUGUGAUCAAUCAAAUUUUGUUACACAUAUUGAUUUUUGUGUCUGGAUUUCUUUACAUUCCAAUAAUAAUAAGUGUACGAAAAUUGGCUCACUUGGCAUCAGCUCAACAGAAUAAUCCACAAAGAUACAUACUAUGGCAACUGAUUAGUGUACUAAUUAUUAAAUUGAUAACGUUUCCCUUUGUAUUGAACGGUCUUGUAAGAAUCGAUUAUUUUGUGGUCACCGUCCCGCUCGAUUGUUUUUUGCUACCUGUACUAGUUCAAAUAUCGUACCUGGGAUGCAACAAACGGAAUGUGACAACUUUGCUCGGUUCGUUUCGUUUGAAGAAGUUUUUGCAAGUUUUGCUGGAUCUUAAAGUAACUGUAAAUCCAUCUUCAACAACAGACGAAAGGUAUAUAUUGUUUUCUAGACCCUAA